AAAGAAAGUAAGCCUUUCCCUGAUACUCAUUUCCAUACGAAAAUUCAUAAAUUUUUGCCAAAACUCGAUAGUUGGUAAUGAGCGAACCGCUCUCGGGUCCCUGGCUGCGUUUCGUUUACAAUGGCCUGUUGUUGGCUUCGGCUGUCUGUACCGGCCGUAAAAUGCAGCCGGAGCAGCACCCCUUCGCCAUUGUCGCUUGUGUUGUGGUCGGAUUCUCGGCGGUGUUUGGAUUGCUCCGGGUAAUCUUCGCCAGCGGACAGCCGGAGGAGUGCCAACAACUGAGGGAUAUAACCAGUGGAGUCCUGGAACUGGCACCUUUGCCCCUGGCCAAUAUGGAUUUCUAUAUGCAGUCCACCGGGUUGAGUCCCAUUGCCUUGGGACAUGCCUUCUUCGUGCUUCCCCUGUUUUGCGAUUUGGGUUGCAGCCUGGCUAAAGAUCGGCGAGAUUGUGCCUUCAGCGACAGCUUGCGGAAUCUCACGACUCUGGGCAAUAUUGUGUCCCUCGGCUUUCUGGCCUAUGUGGAACGGAAUUUUCUCUAUCUGCGAAUGGUGCUGGUCAUGAUUGUGGUCAAGUAUGGUGUGGUUCUGGUGGACAGCAUCAAGGAGGACGCCGGAGAGGAUCUGCAGGUGUGCGGCACCGCGCUUUUUAUGCACCUGCUCGGCAAGGCCGUGGUCUCCUCCACCACGUGACCCGAUCCUAUGGGUUAACCCCUAACCGCGCUCCGCUUCAAGGGUUUCAUUGUACCGCUUAAUUUUCCAUGAAUCGAGUUUUGACCCGUAUUAAAUUUCAAUUCACCCGCUUUUCAA